AAAUUUUCUCACGAUAAAGGGAGGCCUUACGAAAACCAAAGCUGAUAUAAAGCUCGGCGAGACAGGCAUCUGCUCUGGAAAACCCGCUACGAUGUUGUUCCGUGGUGCAGUGCUAGCCGUGUGCCUCGCCUUGGCCUGGUCGGACACGCCGGCCAACUGCCUGUACGAGGACGUCCGCGGCACAUGGACCUUCCAGGAGACGGAGCGGUCGGGCGACAGCAGCCUCAGCUGCGACGAGCUCGGCCCCGUCGUCCACACCAAGACCUUCACCCUCAGCUUCCCCGACACCGCCACGGACGAGCUCGGGAACGAAGGCACCUGGACCAUGAUCUGGAACCAAGGUUUUGAGGUUAACAUCAACGAAAGGUCGUACUUCGCCUUCUCCUACUACGAGGGUGACUUUACCUCGUCCACCUCCUACUGCGACCGCACCUUCAACGGCUGGUCACGUGACAAGACCGUCAGGAACUGGUCCUGUUUCUCCGCCCAAAAGAACACCAAGGUAGGCCCCCGCACGUCCAAUAAGGUGACGCAGCCUCUGUCGAAGCUCCACAAAGCCUACAAGAAUGAUGAGAAACUUGUGUCUAACAUCAACGCCGCACAGAACUCUUGGCGCGCUAAGGCGUACCCAGAGCACGAGAAAUUCAGCCGCUACCAAAUGUUCCUCCGCGCGGGAGGCCCCGGCGCUGUCGUCUCCAACCCCCCCUCCCCCGCCCCCGCAACCCCUGAGCAGAAGGCCCGCGUCUCCUUCCUGCCGGAGAACUUCGACUGGCGUAACGUGGAGGGCGUGGACUACGUGAGCGCCGUCAGGGACCAGGGAGGAUGCGGCUCCUGCUACACUUUCGCCUCCGUGGGCCAGAUCGAGACCCGCCUCAGGAUCGCCACCCGCAACCAGCGCCAGGACGUCUUCUCCACGCAGGAUGUCGUCUCCUGCUCGUCCCUCUCCCAAGGAUGCCUCGGAGGCUUCAACUACCUGAUCGCCGGACGCUACGCCAUGGACCAGGGCGUCGUGGCCGAGGAGUGCAACCCGUAUACUGGAAGUGACGACCUCUGCGCCACCGACUCCAGCUGCGCCCGCACCUUCGUCAGCGACUACUCGUACCUGGGCGGUUACUACGGCGCCUGCAACGAGGAACUCAUGUUGCAAGCGCUUGUGGAGAUCGGGCCCCUGUCCGUGUCCUACAUGGUCUACGAUGAUUUCUACAACUACGACGGCGGCAUCUACCACCACACGGGUUUCAAGAACGACUUUAAUCCGUUCGAGAUGGUGACCCACGCCGUUCUGCUGGUGGGCUACGGUGUCGACAACACCACAGGCGAGAAGUACUGGACGGUGAAGAACUCGUGGGGCGCGGACUGGGGCGAGGACGGCUACUUCAGGAUCAGGAGAGGAACCAACGAGUGCUCCAUCGAGUCCAUGGCCGUUGACAUUACAGCCAUCCCUUAAGUUCAUGUGAUUUACAGAGAUCUUUGUAUUAAAAGAACGUAUGCGUAAAAAAGAAAA